GGGUCGGGUGUCGGGACACUUGAUCCCGGAUGCGGAUUUCAGAGAGCACUUAGUGCUUGCACCGCACGCACCCACGUGCUGGCUGCGCACUCGUGGGCGCUCGGUCCCCUCUUUUAGGCUUCUCUCCGACCCACGAGCUCCUGGGCUGAACUUCGGACGUCCAGACUCCAGCAACGACAACCCGUCGGGCCCCGCAUCUGCAGGUGCCCCUUAGUUUGUGUGCUAGAGGCCCCCACCACUCCGCGCCUCGCCGAUCCUCGCUAGCGACGGACCACACGGGACUGGCGGCAGGAGGCUGGUCUCUGGCUCGGACGCCCAGGUCGUCCUUCAUCCUCUCCCGCCGCUUCACACGGCUGACCCCUCUGCAGCUGUAGGAGCAAGGCCAGGGGCUUCGGGGCUUCGGGGCUUCUGGGCUUCGGAGCUGUCACCGCAUCAGCCACAGUCAUUUGUAGACAUUAGGCUUGGGAAGUACAGACGCGCCCCCCGCGCUAGCUUGGCGUUGUCUUCGGAUCCCAGUUCUGCCUGGGGAGCGCCCCAGCCUGGCGUUUCUCCGCACCGGUAACAGUGACGGUCCCCGGCUAAGGCGGGGGCACACAGGAGCAUGAGCCGCACCGCCUACACUGUGGGAGCUCUGCUUCUCCUUUUGGGGACCCUGUUGCCAGCUGCUGAAGGGAAAAAGAAUGGGUCCCAAGGUGCCAUCCCCCCGCCAGACAAGGCCCAGCACAAUGACUCUGAGCAGACUCAGUCUCCCCAGCAGCCUGGCUCCAGGAACCGGGGGCGGGGCCAAGGGCGAGGCACUGCCAUGCCCGGGGAGGAGGUGCUGGAGUCCAGCCAGGAGGCCCUGCAUGUGACCGAGCGCAAAUACCUGAAGAGAGACUGGUGCAAAACCCAGCCGCUCAAGCAGACCAUCCACGAGGAAGGCUGCAACAGCCGUACCAUCAUCAACCGCUUCUGCUAUGGCCAGUGCAACUCCUUCUACAUCCCCAGGCACAUCCGGAAGGAGGAAGGCUCCUUCCAGUCUUGCUCCUUCUGCAAGCCCAAGAAGUUCACCACCAUGAUGGUCACACUCAACUGCCCCGAACUACAGCCACCCACCAAGAAAAAGAGGGUGACCCGUGUGAAGCAGUGUCGUUGCAUUUCCAUUGAUUUGGAUUAAGCCUGGACACCCUCUGCCAGUCCUAGGGAUGCAGCCCCAGGAGGUUCCAGAGCCAGACCUAAAACAACCUGAUUCGAACUUGGCUUAACCCCAGAGGCAGGAAGAACCACCAGCUGCCUCCUGACAGGCACCUGCUAGUGCUUAGGUUCUGUGCAUGAGUGUGCGUAGGUGCCUGUGGCUGUUUGCAGACACCAGAGGAAACACAGUCUCUGCUAGAGGGCACUUCCUAUUAUCUAAAUGAAUCUGCUUCUGCAGGGGAUGGUGCAGAAAGCCCGCUCCACCCAAGGCACAUUUAACAGGCGCAGAGCUGAGCUCUGCUUCCGCCUUUGCCUUCCAGGUGCCCUCCUGGGGACCAGAAUCUCUCUUUAGAAUGAAUGUUAAUGGAAGAGGCUACUCUGAGGGCAGGAGGCCUCUUUUAGUGCUGUAUAAGACUUGGAGAAGGUAUCUCAACCUGUACCUGCUUCCUGCCUUCCUCCUCUCUUCCAUAGUCAACCCCUUUUUGGGAUCUCAGUGACUAUUUCAGUCUAAUCUAUUUGCCAAGCGUUCUAAAUUACCUCACUUGACCAUGGAUAUAAAUGUUUCCCAUUUUUGGAAUACCCUUCAGUCUCUGGGGGAGGCUGGUAUAGGCAAGGGCAAGAAAGAUGGAGGGGUGAUUGAACGUGAGGACCAGUCAGAGUCGCCCAAACUCAUUAGGGAGAUGUGCAGGCUCUUGGGAGGCCAACCUCAAAACACAGUGAGGCUCCUGCAUUAGUAGUUUUCUUUCCUGGUAUUUAACAGAACCCAAGUGAACAGAGGAGAAAUGAAAUUGCAAAAAAUAAAAUCAUUAACCUUGGCUGCCACUCUGAUUUGCUGAAACUAGUUGGAACCCAAUACCAAACUUAAAACAUAAAUACUGACCCUGCUAGUUGCAGAACUGAGUGAAUGAGCUAAGCCAAGACAGAUGCUUUCUGCUUUGCCCGCCAGGUGGACCAUAGAUGUCCAGAACCCCCUCCCCAGGGAUAGGAAAAGAACAAAAACCUCGUAAGCAGAAGGUCCUAACUUCUUUUGCUUGUUUAUAAUCAUCUCUUUCCCAGUUCACUCUUUUCUGUGUAAUGCUUCUACGAGCCACAGCCCUUUGUUUUAAAGAUUCUGCCUCUGCUGAGUGUUACCUGACAGUGAAGAACUAGGCGGAGAUGAGAGCAGUCAGGGCCUGCUCCAUUUUCUCUAGAAGCGUAUUUUGGGUCUCUUGGUUUUAGCCAUUGGUGGGAGUGGAGCUGGAGAGCAGAGGGGAUUAAGGAAAUAAAGCAGAUUGCCUCUGGCCAAGGAGUAGCUUAAUGCCUGGCAGGAGGUGUGAAGACUAUGCCUUCCUCUGCUCACUUUGCCCUCUGAGGGUCUAGUGGGAAACUCCAGAUAAGAAAUCACAGCAUUUGGCUUCAUAAACUGUCCACUUACUGCUGGUGGGGUUUGUGCAACAUUGUAACUACUCAGAACCUACCCCUAGACUCUGUCCUCUGAUUAAACUUGGGCUACUAGCAAUACCUACUUAGGAUUUACCUAACAGCCAAAGUGUGGUGUGGGUGAACCAUACUGCAUUUUGGGUUUGGCGAACCUGUUCUCUUCAAGCCCGAGGUUUUAUGUGUAAACCGCCCUUCCCCACUUCCCCGGACACUUUUGCCUUGUACUGUCUCAGCCUCACGAGCCAAGUCACAUGUAACAUGGGAGACAAACACCAUUGACUUGCACUUCAGUAGCCGGUCAAGGCUCCAGCGUUUAAAGAUCCAUCACAACUAAAGAGGCUGUUUUUAUUUUUUGUUUUGGUUCAGUGUUCUCCCAUUAACAACUAAAUAGGAACCGUACUUUGAGGCAGAAGUUAUUUUUGAACACCCAAAAUACUGGGUCUAAUUUUUAAACUUUAAAACUCACUACUGAUGAUCCUGCUACACUACGCGAAUCUCUGCGGACACGCUGCCUGUGCAUUUCGUAUACACUGUACGCCCCUGCCCCAAGUCUAUCGUCCACGCCCUCCGACAGUAAAGCACAGAAUGGGUUUCACUGAGCACGCAAAUGCUAAGCCAGAAUUUUGAUGGUGGGGGAGAGAAAGAGAACAGGGAAGGAGCUAAAAAUGUAAAACCAUGCUAGAGAGGGGAAAAAGACAUUCAGGACCAGCCGGCACUGAAUUUCUCUUGUAACUCUGCCACAAGCAUGCAACUAAGUGUAUUAAAAAGAGAUGACUUAAGUUGGCAGCAGUAAUCCUCUUUUAGUAGUGUGUACCACAGUCUUGCAUUAAGUUGAAUUUGGCUGAAGUAAAGAGAAUUUCCUCAAAAUGAACUUCACUGGGAUGAUCAGCAUAACUGCCCUAAAAACACAGCACCGGCCAAAGAAGGAACUGUCUGCUUUUCUUACUGUGCCUAUAUUAAGACUAACACAAGUAUGGUGUCUUCCAACAUUUAUUGAAGUGCCAUAUCUGUUGCAUAAUGUAUUGGAGUCACCAAUGAUGUGAUACUUUUUUUUCAUUACUAUAGUAGAAUUUUUUUUUAAAAUGGCAAGAUAUUUGUGAUCUCGAUCAAAUAAUGCCAAACAUCAAAUAGGAAUUUUAUGAUGCCCUCUGAGAGAAGAUGUGCUUGGCAUUGAAAAACACACAAAACAAAUACCUUGCAAGUCUGUACAUUGUUUUUUUGUUUAUGUUAUUGUAGUUCUUCAAAAAAGUUCAAAAUGUAAGUGAAAAUUCUGGAGGAAAGGAUAAUUUCCACUGUGUGGAAUGUGAAUAGUUAAACAAAAAGUUAUGGUUAUUUAAUGUAAUUAUUAAUUCAAAUCCUUUGGUCACUGUGAUUUCACACAUUUGUUUUCUCCUUUAUUUGUCUUCCUUUGAGCCGAGCAAAGAAGAGUCUGGCACAUUGCAUGCUGUUGGCGGCUUUUAUCUGGUCAGAGGGAAAUCACAAGAUCUUGACAUAUCUGAACAUGCAUCACAGAGUCGAGACCUGAGCUUUAAUUUUUUUUUGAUUGAAUGUUCCUUAAAGGUUAACAUUUCUGAGGCAAUAUUAAGGAUAAUUUUAAAUGCUGUUUUGGAAGACUUAUGAUGUGUGUGUACAAAUAGCAGAUAGUAGUGAAUAGUUCACAAGUCCUUUUAAGGAGAAAAUCUAAAAUGAAAAAUGUAUGUGCAGAACAUUUAUAAGUGACAAGUUAAUGCUUAAGAGUGAAAGUAGUCUAUUGAUUUGUUCUCAAGAUAUUUAAUAUCAACUGCAUUGUGUAUUAUGUCUGCUUUAAUCAUUUAAAAACAACAGAGGAUUAUAUAAACUAUGAUUGAGGUACUUUGCUCUGUAUGAGGAU